GUAAAAUUUAAAAAAUGACAGAUUAACGAGGAACAAUGACUUAGUUUAUUGAUAAUACAACUAAUCUAAAACCUUGAGAUCUCAAGUUUGAAUCUCUUAAAUAGUAUUACCUUAAUUAAAAAAAUAAAAUAUAUAUCACCCUUAUUAAAAAUUACUAAUUAAUCCAACAAUACAUAUAUGGAGGUUUUUGCUUGGCACCUACUUAUUUGAGUAUUUCCUGGACUCCGCGCAAAGGAAGGAAGGACUUCCAUGUACCCCCCUUCCAUAAAAAAGAAAUUACCCAUAACCCUCCAUUGGCUAGCAUUGUAUUUAUAUAUGAUAGUCAUGGUUUUAUUAAUGAAUUCUCAUAAGUUUGGCGCUUUGCUGAUAAAAUACAUUAUUGGUGUGUUGCUAAAAGUUUGGUAUCAAUAAUGAAAAUUUAGAAAUUUAACAAAUUAACAAAUUAUCAGUCUAAUUCCUAAAAAUACGUGUAGUAAACGUGUAAUACGUGUUUAAUACUUGAAACUAUUAAACAAACAUAAAAUAAGGAGACUAACUUUAUAAUAGUACGUAAAUGAAAAUUUUAAACACAUUUAAUAGAAAUUAUGUAUUAGAUGGAUAUUAACCAAACUUUUACUAACUAUUUUUGGGUCUUUCGACAUGCAUUCAGUUAUGUCGUAUAACAAAGAAGUUCCAUAUGGUUUUUAAUUUAACAAUUCAAGAAUAUAGUCUAUUUUUAUUCAAAGGUAUGAACAUGUUAGCGUGUGCUAAAAAAUAUUGGUCUAAACUUUAAUUUCUAAUCCAUUACUGCAAUCAUUACUUUUUUCUUGAGAAAAUUAUAAGUGCAUGUAAAUUUCAAAGACACUAUAGAAAAAAGAAAUUACAUUUUGAUUUUGAAAAAAAAAAUGUUCAAUAAAUUCAUAUCAUCUAUGUACAUCGUGGCGAUAUCAACUUACAUGUAUAACUUUUAAUUUUUAAAUGACAUGAUUUACUGAAGUUCUGAUUUUCAAUCCAAGUAUAUAAAAUGUGUUUUGAAGACACUUUAUGAAGAAGAAGCGUUACUCAAUUCAACAAGAUUCUUGCUAAGCUAUUGAUGUUAUGUUCAUCAAAUCCAUUUCAUUCUUCUUUGUCUCUGAACCUCAAGUUAGAUAAACAUUAUUAAUUUAGUAGUACUUGAGUUGUUAAUGUUCAUUUAUUGACGAUUAGUCGGCAUUAUCGGUGAAAAAACUAUUCUUUUUAAUUAAAGCUACUUUUUGAAAAGUAAAUUAGAGCUACCUUGAUGUUACUUAAUUUUGAUAUUCAUGAAGUGAUUGAAUUUCACUCAAAGGUGACAUUAUGAAAUGAAAGUAUGGAGUAUUUACCAAAAAAAUAAUGCAGUUGAAGUUCAUAUUAAAUUUAGUGAUUAACGUAUUCCAAGGUUUGAAAAACCGUAUCAUACCGGUGGUUCGACAUAUAAAUCUUCUAUCGAAGGCUAAACCGAUAGACGAUAUUUAGCGGUAUAAAACGGUUAAACCAUGGUUUUAGCUUCAAGUAUCUUACCGCUGACUUUUUCGAUACAACCUCCAGUAUAAUAUUUCAAUCCUUGCAAAUUUCAUAACCGAAUUACUAUUUUUGAAGAUUAUCAAUGAUGGCAAAAAAUAAUCUCCAACAAAAAGUUGUGAUUGGGAUAAGGUACACUGUUUGGCAUGAAAAUGAUAUUUCAUAUAUGAUUAAGAUCUAUGUUUUGAAUUUGCUUCUAAGAAAAUGUAUGUUGAUAAUUAAGAUAGUGAAUUUGAUGAUAGAUAUUCCUGAUAGUAAAGUGAUAUUGAUACUGGUUAUUUUGGAAUACCUACAAUAUUGUCUUAUUAAGUUUAUUAUGAGUUGACAUACCCUUGCAUAAGUCAUAUUUUUUUUUUUAAAUUUCAGCAAGAAUUUGCACAGAAUACACAGUAAUCUUUUAUGAUGGAUGCUAAUUUUCUCUUUCCCAAGAAAUUAAAUAUUUAACUUUAUUGAUGAUAAAAACUAAGAAGUUGUCUUGCUAUUUGAUAAAAAAUAUAUAAUUGUUUAUUGAUUUAUAUGGUAUUGACAUAUAAUUGUGACAUGAAUAUAUAUAAGAGAUGAUGAAAUCAUUGAAAUUUUAUUUUGAAACUUAAUUAAUUAAUGUUAUCGUAUUUCAACCGGCCAACGAGCCGGGGUACUAUCCAGUGAGAUUCUAUACAAGUGUCAACUAUAAAUUUUGAGACUGCAGGAGAGAACUAAAAUAAUAAAACCACUGAAGGUAGAACAAAAAAUACAUAUAAAAACCUUAUUUGACGGGUAAACGGAGAAAACUUGAACGGUAGAGAAGUUUGCACUCUACUGAAUAGUACAGCGUGGAAAGCUGAGGAAUUGAGAAAGAAAAAAAAAACAUAUAUAACAGGUUGCAGGAAUAAUGGAGUAAGAAAAUAUAAUAAAGAAACUCCUACAUAUUCGUGCUUCGUCUAUUGAGAAGAAUAGUUUUGGGCCACACUAUCAAUGCAUGGACGAGAGAAGACGUCGGACACCGCACACGUCGGCUUUUAUUUCUACAGCCCUUCUUGCGCCAUUAAGUCUCCCUCUAUAAAUUCAACCCAUCCUUCAUUUCUCAUCUGAAUGUUAAAUUAAUAAAGAGCUGAUAAGGUAAAUACGUACGUAGUUUAUCCAAAAUAAAAACAAAAAUUUGAGGAAAGGAAGAAAAUGGCGACCCAAGCUUUGAUUAGGAGGACCUCGAGGUCUGCUUUUGUCUCCAGGCACAUUCAGACGAGUGCACGCCAGGAUGCGGCCUCUACAAUCGAUUCGGCCGCUCAGGCGACCAAGAAGGGAGCUGCAGAGGCGAAGAAGGUUGGGGAGGAAGUGAAAGACAAGGCCGCCGGUGCUGCUGGAGAUCAGAUGUCCCAGAAAGGCAAGGAAGUGGCGGGAGAAGCAGCAAAUGUGGCCCAGAACGUGACCGAUAAGGCAAAACAGACGGUCGAAGGAGCAUGGGGAACAAUGAAGGACACGACACAAAAGAUCAAAGAAAGCGUUAUGAACAAAGCAGGCGAGUCCAAAGAAUACGUCAAGGAGAACGCAGAUGCUGUGAAGCGUAACAUAGACUCCAAGAAGUCGGAUCUCUCAUAAUAAUCAAACUAACUAAAUAACACAUCGUCCCCAUUAUUAUUCUAUAUAUUUUCAAGCAUACUUAAAUACAUGGAGACCUUAUUCCAUUUUUCGCCGAAUAUACAUAUCGAGUUAUUUAUACAAUUAAAUUACGAACUAGGCAUGAUUUUUUUAAUUUCCUAUCAAAUUGUUUUGAAAUUUUGUUCAGAGUUCUUUACACUACAUUACAAGUAUUUAGAAAUUACUUGCAAGCGAUGAAAACAAAUAAUUAUCUACUAUUUUCCCUACUAUGAAUUGUAAAUAAAAAAGGUUACCAUUUGGUUUAAUAAAUAAAAAAA